UUCCGUUGAACAAUAAACUAAUAGCUAACACCUGACAAGAAUACAGUAUCUUCUAUAUGUAAACAAUGCAGGUUUCGUAGACAAUCCAUAAUUCGAAAGAUGGAGUUUUUGCAUGAACGCACGGAGUGAAUAUCGGUGAUCAAAUUUUUCUGGACAAAAAGGGGGGAUAGCUGACAGCACACGCUAAAAAUUAAAACAUUCAUUGACAGUGGGUGGAACUCCGCCCAGGCCAAACUAAAUCUCCACAAUGGCAGACCACGUCCGAGCAUGGCAGGAAGGUCAACGUCUGCACAUCAACGACCUUCCAGAUGAAAUGAUCCAAGCCAUAACGAAGUAUCUACCGAUAGGCGAUCGCAAGAACUUGUCCAUGGUCUCUUCGCUUUGGAAUGGACAUGCAUUUUCCGACGCAAAUAUGGACUACGUCAGACUGCGGAUCAAGGGUUCCGCGCAUGAGCAUCGGCAUCGACCAAGCCUGUACAGGUCGGAACGGCGCUAUCGUCAUCUGGUGUACUCCUCGAGAAAUCCAUUGAAUGAAAUCGACUUUGACAUGACAAUGUACACACUCAUGGUGCUGGGAUCGGAGAUCCAGAGUUUUGUCCUGCUGAAUAGGUGCACGUUAGGGCAGUUAAAAGAAUUGGUCGACCUUUUACCCAAUUUGCAGAUGUUGAGUUUAAAUGUGGUUUCAGUAGGGAAUAGCUUGGUCGAAUUUCCAGCAAUGCAGCAGUUGAGAGAGCUUCGCAUGAACAACAAUACGCUGUUGGAGGCGUGGUUGACCAGUUCCUUAGCCAAUUCAAAUAUUCGGAAGUUGUAUGUGAAUUUGACGGGCAGAAGAGAAGGAGAGGAUCAGUUUCUCAAUUUCAUCGCACAACACCAAAAGCAACUUGAAUGGUUCGGACUGUUGGCGCCAGAGCACCUGAAGAUAUCCUACAAUAAACUUAAUCUACGCCAGCUGCACACCCUGGAUCUGAGCGAAGCUCAGUGUGAACGUGAUGAAGAGGAGCUGAUUACAUUUUUCAAGAAUUUACCUAUAUUGCAGGUAGCAAUGCUACAUUUUGACGUAACGACUGCUGUGCUGAAAGUUAUUUGCAACCAUUGUGCUUGUUUGUACAAACUCAGGUUCAAGGUCGAUGCAUUGGGUAGCGAGUGUUUCCGGUUUCUGAGGCGUCUGAUUCACUUAAGGGAUUUGAUCAUCGAUGGCGAAAUAAGGCAUGACAUGAUCGAGGCCUGCCCUCCUCUAAACGGCGUCAAGUUCCUCAGCCUCACAAAGAAUCCCCUAAGUUUUGGAGCUACGAUGGGGCAGCUGACCCGCCUGUUCCCAAGACUGCGCAUUCUAAAAGUUGACCUCACCCAGGAACUGGAAAUGAGCAACCAAUUCAUCAGUGGUAUCGGCCAGCACUUCAGCCAGAUCACAUGCUUGUUCAUCGAAUCCGAGGUAAGCUGCAACGACCUGACGACAUCGACGAUGACUCAUUUCGUCGAGCCACUCAUCUUCAGCCAUCUGAGGAGGCUGACCAACUUGCAAGAACUUACCCUCAGCUGUGUGCGCUUCGUUGCCAGAUACUGUCCGCCAUCGAAAGACAACUGCCUGUUUGUCAACUUCCAGAAGAUGUGCAACGGAGACUGGAAUGAACAGCCGCGGGAGAAUUUGAGGCGUCUCAAGCUCAAAAACUGCCACUGGGUGACGGGGAACACUCUCAAAUAUGUAUUGACAGUGUUUACUUCGAUACAAUAUCUGGAAGUGAGCAAAUGUCGCAUGAUCACGCCGGAAGAUAUAGAUGAGUUCCGCACUGUAUUGCCUAAAUGUAUUGUUUACUAUGUCCGAUGAGAGAGGCUCCACGGCUUGGUAUAAGACUGAUAAAAAUAGGAUAAAAUAAAAACAAAAUUUUACAUACUGACUCAACUUUAAAGAAUUAUUGUAAAUUAGAAUAUUUUAAUGGA